AUCAAAAAAAGAUCUUGUACCUGGAGGUUAGCGAUUCCUCUACUGAACCUUGUACGGUCCAGACGAAGGCAACAAUAUCCUUGCACAAUCCAAAAAAAAAAUCUGUGAAACGCCUGGAGAAUCUCUGGAUAAAACUAAAUUAAGAUGACGUGGUUGGGAGACAUUGCGAACAACGUGUUUGGGAAAAUGAUGUUUGGUGACACAGCCCCAAACGUAGUUCUGGAAGUGAGAACCGAUAAAUACGGAAGUCGUCACAUAGAUUGCCGUGAAGAUGGGAUAGUUCUGUAUGGUCCUGGAAGGGACAAGAACACCGACAAGUACGAAAUCAUCCUACAUCGUCCCUGCGAUGAGACACUGCAUCAAGCCUACAGCCUCUUUCGUGCUGACAAUCUAGAAGUGGUGCAGGCGCGGUUCACAGUGUACAAAGACAAAAUACCCCCACUGGUGCAGAUCUGCAAGGAGUUGUGUACUGUACCAAAGAUCCAAAAGAUUUGCGACGCCUUGUCAAAUCAUCCGGAUUGGACAUUAUCCCAUUUAGCUGCUUACCUGGCAGUUUACGACGCCUUCCAGCACGCUAUUGUGAAUAAAGACCUCAACAGCCCUGACUCAACAUCCGGAAUUUCUCCACUGCAAGUCGCAAUCCAGACCAACAAUCUGCAGAUGGUUCAGCAGUUGAUCAAUGCACGUGGCUCUAGAGAACACUUGGACUGGAAUGCGAACACGGUCUAUCAUUAUGCAGCUGCCUCAACAAAGGAGAUAAUCUUUGCCCUUGGAUCUGAUUUCCCUCAUAUUUUGAACAGCAGAAACAGUGCUGGACAAACUCCACUCCAUGUGGCUUGCCAGAGUGACAAACCCGAGUGCGUCAAAGCACUUCUGAUAAUCGGAGCUGACGUCAACAUGUCAGCAUCAGAGAGCACCAGAAACUGUCCAAGUUACGUUGGCGAUUUCCUGAAUACUAAACCCAAUUCUCUAAUUGCUGAGGACAUGAAGUUCGGAGGAACACCCUUGCACUGGUCCUCAAGCAGAGAAGUUAUGAAUGCAUUGAUCGAGAUGAAUUGCGACAUCGAUGCAGUGAAUUUCGAUGGUAAAACAGCUCUUCACAUUAUGGUGAUGAGAAAGCGACUGGAGUGUGUGGUUGCUCUGCUGAGUCACAUGGCAUCGGUGAACAUAGUGGACAACGAGGGAAACACUCCUCUGCACGUUGCAGUGGGGAAAGGUGGAACAUUGCCCAUUGUUCAAAUAUUGAUAGGCUUUGGGGGGGAUUUGAAUGCCAAGAACUUUAAGGGUGAAACUCCCAGACACCUUGUGGACCUGAAGAGCAAUGAAGGAGAGAAGAUUCUUUACGCAUUGCAUGCAGUUGGGGCCGGCAGAUGUGAGGCAAACAUGAGGGAUUGUAAUCUGGGCUGUAAAUUUAAUGAAAACUACAAUGGGGUUGCGCCCCCAGAACCUCCAACCUCAGUUCCAAGGACAAUCUUAGAUCAGAUGCUGUACGUUGCCAGUAUGGAGCAGAUGGCAUCCCAAAAGCCAAAGAAAUUGAGAGGUGGUAGAUUGUUGUGCCUCGAUGGUGGAGGAAUCAGAGGACUAGUUCUCGUUCAAGUUCUCAUAGAGAUUGAGGAGAUCCUAGGCAAACCGGUUGUAGCUUGCUUCGAUUGGAUAGCUGGAACAUCGACUGGAGGCAUUCUAGCCCUGGGGCUCGCCUCUGGCAAGACCCUCAGGGAGUGUCAAGCCCUCUACUUUCGUAUUAAGCAGGACGCCUUCGUUGGAUCUCGGCCCUACAGUAGUGAUAGUCUUGAAAAAGUCCUCAAGGACAGUUUAGGUGCUAACACAACCAUGUCAGACAUCAAACACCCCAAGCUGAUGAUAACAGGGGUUCUUGCUGACAGAAAACCAGUGGAACUCCACCUCUUCAGGAAUUACGAAUCUCCAAGCACACUUCUCAAUGUUCCCCAGGGUUCAAAGUUCAAAGCUACAUUUCCACCUGAGGAACAACUGCUGUGGAAGACGGCAAGAGCCACUGGAGCAGCUCCCUCGUACUUCAGGGCAUUUGGAAGAUUUCUAGAUGGUGGAUUAAUUGCUAAUAACCCUACCCUCGAUGCUAUGACUGAAAUUCAUGAGUAUAAUCUGGCCUUGAAUGCUGUUCAACGUGAAGACGAGAUGACACCCCUCUCUCUCGUUGUUUCUGUUGGCACUGGUGCUGUGCCUGUUUCUCCGUUGAAGGAUAUUGAUGUUUUUCGUCCAGAGGGUCUUUGGGAUACUGUGAAACUUGGUAUGGGAAUCUCUGCUCUUGGAACUCUGCUGGUCGACCAAGCCACCUGCAGCGAUGGAAGGGUUGUCGAUCGGGCUAGGACCUGGGCCUCCAUGACUGGAAUUCCAUACUUUAGAUUCAAUCCUCAGUUGUCCAGUGAAGUCUGCAUGGAUGAGAAGAAUGACGAGGUGCUUGCUGACAUGAUCUGGACAUCCAAGGCAUUCAUGCACGCCAAUAGAGAUCAGAUCAAGGAACUCGCGGCUGUUAUUAGUAGAGAUCCGUAAGUUUUAGAUGUAUUGAGGUGUAUUGGCAAUUAUUUACGAGGGAAAAGUGGAAAGAGAUCUGUUUACUGUAGAUAAUUACUUUACACAACCUACCUCCGAACAGAUCUGCCAUGAAAUUGGUCCUUUAGUACAAACUCUGUACCUAAAGAGUAUUUUUUUUAGAUGUACAUCCUGUAUUGCUCUCCGAAUCAAUCUGUAUAUAAAUGUAAAUGUAUAAGCUGAA